CCGCAAUCAACCCCCUUCGUCCUGUUUGUCGCCGAGGGCUCUUCGCAAUGCACCGCCGUUCCAAGCAGAAGUCGUGCUUUAACUGCGUCGGGCGCAAGCGGAGAUGUGACCGAACGCUUCCGUCCUGCACCCGAUGCGUUGACCAAGGGACAGACUGCGCAUACCCGUCGCCUACAAACCGGUCUGCUUGGAGCAACGUCAGCGUGCUCGAUGCGGGAUUCAGCGGCGAUGGCAACCUGGCCUUGUUCUCGCCCCCAGAGCCGCAUGCUCCGGCGUCUGUCGAUGCCUCUGCGCUAGCAUCACAGUUCCACGGCGCUCACAAUGGCUCUGGCACCGACAUCAGUAUCUCGCCGGACUCGGUGGCGACCAGCACUGGUUUCACAUCGGGUCCCAUGCCUUCUUCGGCGCCCACACUGUCUACAGCAUCUGUUUCGGCCCAACCACAGGCUCCUGGCGAUCUGAGAUGGUUCACCCAGCCCUCCACCUGGAAGAUUGCCUAUCACUACGAGCCGCCAGAGGCUCUACCUCCGCCACAGGACUUCUCCAACUUCGUCCGGGGUCUUCGCUCGUGGCUAGUCCUGUUCCAACAAGAGGGCCACAACCCUUUCAUCCACCGGCAUUUAUACCCUGCCAGAGCGAUACCAGACUGUAUCCAAGAUGCGUAUUCAGCAAUAUCUGUCUCGCAAGGUGGCAACGCCGACAACGAAAACAUGGUCGACAUCAUUACUUCUUCUUACGCUUCAAAAUUGAUCUCUUUUCAAGCUCCCUUGCUUGAUCAGCCGCCUCAUCUUGUGACGGUCAAGGAUCACUUAGCCCGCACACAAUCCCUACUCAUACAUCUCAUUCUUGCGCUUUCAUCGUCGUCAAUAUCUCACCAGACGAAGGGUGAGGGCUUCAUUGAGAUUCUUCAUCGCUGGAAGAGUGAGAUGCUGGCGUCAGCCGAACAGGAGGCAAACCUCGCCCAGGUGUUUCCCUGUACACCCUCAAUAUUGCCUGAAGGGGGUGGACCAGAAAUCGAUUCUGUUCCCGAACUACACCGGGCCUUUGUCAUUUGCGAGUCAAUACGCCGUACGUGGCUCUUAAGCUCCAUGGCCAUUGGCGUGUACCGCAGCCUCAAGGGUGAUUGGACUUCGAUGUGUGGAGGAGACAUCUGCUUUACAGCCCGCGCAGGUCUUUGGGAUGCCCCGUCGUCCGCUCGGUGGGCUGAGGUCGCCCGCAAGAAGGGCCCAAUGUUCGAUUUCAGCUUGCGCGGUGAGGCGCUAGUGAAGAGUGGUGUCCCUGCUGUCGAGGUUGACGAAUUCGCUCAUCAUUUGUUUAACCUUAUGUGGGGUACAGACAAGGUAGAGAGUUGGUUUGUCAGGACUCACAAGCCAGACUCCAUUCCGCACUGAAAGGGAAUCUCGAAGCUUGGUGUCGCAGUAUUGACCAGUCUUGGGACAAACUUGGUGUUCCGAUGGACGUCCGCAGAACUCCGCAAGCCCCGCAGCAUCUCCGCGUCGCCGCAAAAGGCAGAGGUGCACGUGAAUAAUGAAGACGUUGGAGGCUUCAUAUAUAGCCAGGCCGGCGUUUCAGUCCAGGGUGUAUGAUCAUUUGACAUUGUUAUACAAUAUGCAUCUCUUAUAUACACAACUUAUCUGUGCCUUCUGUUGGAGUGUGCAUCCUACUUUGGCCUGAUUAGUUAGUAAGACGGAAUG